AUGAGCGUGGAAGCUUUUUGCCUAAACUUUGAGCGGCACAUCCUUUACAUCUUGUUAUCGCAAUUUCUACACUCUUACUCAUGUACCUUUGCCGCUUUUGUGCUUUCAGGUUUUCGCCCACGCCGGACUAUUGUCCUGGCUAGUUGGGAUGGUGAAGAACUCUCAUUGCUGGGUUCAACUCAUAUGGUCGAGGAACGGAACAACGAAUUGAGGCAACGGGCCGUUGCUUACAUUAAUACCGAUUGUCCGAUUAAAGGGGGGUCGAAGUUUCGUGCACGCACUGACGAGCUACUCGCGGAUGUAUUAUUUUUGGCUAGUCGUUUUGUCAAGGUUGACCCCCCAUUGAAUACGAACACUCUCUUUGAUGAGUGGCUCGCUCAGAAUGAAGAGCCUUCCCAGUCUGAACCUCGGUGAGUACAAGGUUUUGUGUGUGGAAUUUCAACCUCGUGAACACAUUACUCGAUG